AUGGAAAAACCUUGCAUCAACAUCUCCGAAGGCCUGAGCCCAGAACGCGUGAAGCUGCUCCUGUUUGUAACUCCGGGAAGGGCCCGGGCUGAGGGGGCUGCUCCCGGGGCUGUCUCUGCAGGGAGGAGGGAUCCCUGCGUGCAGAGAGGGAGGAAGGAGCCCUGUUUUUUGAGGGAGGAGCGAUCCCUGCGUGCAGGGAGCACCGGGGAGGCGAGCAGAGCCCCGUGCCCUGGGCACAGACUCACACCCUGUGCUCCAGAAAACAGAGGCACAAAGGCUGGGAUUGAGACUAGCACCCGUUUCCUCGGGGAUGUGCUGCCCUCGCCCAACGUGGGGCUGCCCGGCGCCCUGAUCCCCCGGGAGCCCCCCGGGCCCGCCUACGUGACCCACAGGGGGCCCCUGGUACGGCUGCUGCUGGCGCAGGAGGGGCAGGGCAGGGCUGCCCGCGCCGGCCCCGCACCGCCCGGGCCCCGCACUGAGCCCCGGCCCCGCACCGAGCUCCGCACCGAGCCCCGGCCCCGCACCGAGCUCCGCACCGAGCCCCGGCCCCGCACCGAGCUCCGCACCGAGCCCCGGCCCCGCACCGAGCCCAGCCCCGAGAGCGGCGCGGGCAGCGGCACCGCCGGCAGCCGGGAGGGCUCCACGGGGAUUCCCGCGGCUCCCGCCUUGGCACCGCCAAGUAUUUGCCACAGGAUUGUUUUUGCAAGAAAACCUCCCUCGACUGUUCUGCCCGGGAGUGACCUGGCGUGUUCCAGCCGGAGGGAAUGACCUGGCUGCAGCUGAAGCAAAGGAAAGGAAGAAGAUGCUCCUGAGUGUUUUCCAGGUUCAUUAAACUUUCCCUGCAAGCAGCAUUUAACUCUUGGAGCCUUUUCCUAAAAGGCUGGUUGGAAUGAAAGCAGAAGGGCGGGGGGGGUGGUGUGCAUCCUGGUCUCUGCUCUCAGGUCUGGAGCAAGCCACAGCCUCCACAUUUGAAAUAAAAUAUUUAACUUGCGAUGGUGGAGAGUGUUUGCUCCUGUGCUGGGGCUCCGUGGACAAGUGUCCCAGCACCCCUGUGACAGUGUCCCUGCAGGUGGGGAACCUGAGAAGAACACUUUUGUCUGGCUGCUUAGGCAGGCUGGGUUGCUGGAAGCCUCUUGGAGGAGUCCCGGCCCUCAGAUGAGCCAGGGCAAAGCUGUGCCAGCCUGACCUGGGCUUUGCUGACUCAUUUCUAUCAGGAUCACAGAGCAGUGCAAAAGCUGCCAUUUCCGUGCAAGAAUUCCCCUCCCCAAGCACUGCUCCAUCCUCCAGGACACAAAGUUGCUGUUUUCCUGUCCCAGCACUUGUGCUCAGAGCAGUUGUGCUGCUCCAGCUCUCGCAGUGACUCUGCCUCAGUAGGAGCUUGGUAUGAUGUCAAUGUUUCGAGUGGGUGAAGCAGAGGAGGCAAAAAUAGACAUUUAGACAUUUUUCCAGUUAUGCAUUUUCAAAAAGGAAUAUUUAUAGCUCGGUGCCUGAACACAGGCUCUCUUUGUGAAUCUGCUUCCAAUUGCAACACAGCACAUCCCCACUGGACCCUCGGGAUGUGUGCAGGCAGCUUUGAGCCCCUGGCAGUGGGAGCUUCUGUGUCCCUGUAUGUGCUGAAGUGUUCCCAGUGCAGACAUGAAGCACCCACAGGGAUCUCGGGGUGCUCUGGGGCUGCAUCCCUGGCUCCAGACUGCCCUGGCUCAUCUCUAGGGCAGGACUGCAGCCCACUGGAGUCUGAGCCUGCAUUUCAUGAUUGACUCUGGAGCAUAACGAGGAUGGUGAUGAGGGAGGUGUCCUCAGGUCACUCAUUGCUGGAUGUGGAAGGUCCAAAUCAUUGCAUUUCACUUUACCUCUGUUUCCCCAUCUGUGG